CCUACUCUUCCUCGGCGCGUCGCGGAGCAGCAUGAUCUCACAUAUUCCGAACGAACUCUGGGACCGCAUCAUUGACUUCCUUCACAAUGAACCCGCCGCUCUCCGCUCAAGCUCGCUUACAUGUCGAGACUGGGUCGCAGCCAGCCAAUUCCACCUAUUCCCGAGUACCGUCGAUCUACGGGGAGAAAAUACACGGACCAGACGAUUCGAAUUCGUCAUGAAGGCUUCGCCGCAUUUAACGCGGUACAUCCAAUCUUUGAAGCUUGAUGCGGCAUCUACCCCGUGGGUGACCCUAGCGACGGUUGAACUACCGCGGGUGACCGAGCUCCUGCUGGAUGGUUUGUCCUGCAAAUUACCAUCGACAACGCUGGCCUGCACUCGAUGGCUGACGCGACUGCCUGCCUUGCGCACACUAAUUCUCUUCCGGGUAACUUUCACCCGCUCGGCUUUCCUCGACGUAAUCUCGACCCUCCCGCUGUUACACCGCCUAGACGUUGUUAAUGCGGAUGUCGAGCACUGGGACGAGGAACGACAUACGCCCCCACAUCAGUUCACCAGCGCCCUGCAGGAACUCCAUCUUUCCGGCUUCGGAACUGCGGAGAUUCUGGGGACAUUGGCAGAGCUUUGCGCGAACGCGGGCAUACAGCUUACAGAGCUCCAUUCCGGCUCUUGCGAGACAGCCGCAGAUCUCUUGGCCCUGAACGAGAUCAUGCGGCUUAAUCCGUCGCUACGACACCUCGAAGUCUAUCUGCUGUAUUCUGCAGAAGAUGCAGGCCCCCUUGAUUUAUCUCGCAACAUGGCUCUAGAGGGCCUAGUCGUCGAGUUAGAGAUGGUGUCCGCAUCCGUCGACGCUCUAAUGGGCGUUGCGGAGUCGUUGGAGCAGAUCGCGUUCCCUCAUCUCCAAAACAUUCACAUCGUCCUCAACCUCUUCUCAUCGAGGAGCGAUAUCUGGACGGCGAAGUGGUGGAAGAUGCUGGGUGAUGUGUUGAAGGACCCCUGUUUCGACAAGCUCGAGGUGUUGGACAUCACCUUCCACGGUCACAAACCGCCGGAGGUCGUCCCGGAGGAGGACCUGUCCACCCUCGCGACCAAGCAGCUGGACUUCCUAUCCAAGCGCGGCGUCGAAAUAUCCCUCGAGUCGGACGGAACAUGA